AUGACAACAUACGAGUACGCUGCGCCGUCGCUCGGGCUAAUCGAGCAGGCCGAGCUGCUAAAGCAGGGUGCUGAGGCGAAAGUCUUCGCCCUGCCCUCGCUCCUGCCCCCACCAGAAGUCUACUACCCGCCGUUGCACCCCGCCGCCUCGUCCUCAAAGCCCACCCCGACCCCCACCCCGACCCCCACCGCGGUGAUCCUCAAGCACCGCUUCCCCAAGACGUACCGCCACCCCUCUCUGGACGCGAGCCUGACCCGCACGCGGCUGCAGUUCGAGGCGCGCGCGCUCGCGCGCUGUGCCCGCGCGGGCGUGUCUGCACCGCGCGUGCUGUGGGUCGACGAGCCCGCCGGCGUGGUGGCCAUGGAGCGCGUCGACGGGUGGAGCGUGCGUGAGAUCCUCGGCGGCGGCGCCGAGGGGGAAGUGGAGGUCGGCGCGAAUGACGAGGUCGAGCGGGAUGCCGGCGCCGAGGCGGUGGUGCAGGAGGAGGAGGAGGAGGCGGCCGAGUCGGACGGGCUCAAGGCGCUGCGUGCUGCCGGCGUCGCUGUCCCAGACCUCAUGACGGCGAUUGGCGCGGCGCUGGCCCGGCUGCACGCGACGGCUAUCAUCCACGGCGACCUGACCACGUCCAACAUGAUGGUGCGGAUGACGCCUGGCGCCGCGGCGCCGUACGAGGUCGUGCUCAUCGACUUUGGCCUCGCGUCGACGGCGAGCAUGCCCGAGAGCUACGCCGUCGACCUGUACGUCCUCGAGCGCGCGUUCGCGUCCACGCACCCCGCGAGCGAGGGGCUGUAUGCCGGCGUGCUGGAGGCGUACGGCGCUGGGCUGGGGGAGAAGAAGUGGAAGCCGAUCGAGACAAAGCUCAAGGAGGUGCGCUUGCGCGGACGGAAGCGCGACAUGACGGGUUAG